AUGAAUCGCGACAACCUUUACGGGUAUGAGCCCUCCAUAGCGGCGGGUGUCAUCUUUAUCAUCAUUUUCGCGGCUUCAACACUCUAUCACCUAUGGCAAUUAACGAAAGCACGAUGCUGGUACUUCAUUCCCUUCGUGAUAGGUGGAAUCUUCCAAGUCAUCGGUUACAUCUGCCGAGUCAUCGCACAUAAUAAUCUCAGCUCCGUCCCUAUCUACGCUAUGCAAUCAGUUUUGAUUCUCCUGGCUCCACCACUAUACGCUGCAUCGGUAUACAUGGUUCUCGGAAGACUGGUGCGUUAUCUACACGCCGAAGAACUAAGCGUUGUCCCCGUGAAAUGGAUGACGAAGAUCUUCGUCUCAGGCGAUGUAUUCUCUUUCCUACUCCAAGCAGGUGGUGGCGGCUUAAUGGCCAGCAAGAAAACCAGCACCCGUAACCUGGGUUCCAAUGUCGUGAUCGGUGGAUUGGUCGUCCAGCUCCUCUUCUUCGGCUUCUUCGUCAUCGUCGCUGCAAUCUUUCAUUUCCGUAUCAAUAGAAGUCCCACAGCUAAAGCCUCUUCGGAACGCCAUAUGGCUGUUGGAAAGGGCUGGAAGCAGCGCAAUUGGGCUACAGUGCUUUUGGCACUGUACAUUGUUAGUGCGCUUAUUUUGAUCCGGUCCAUUUUCCGUCUCAUCGAGUACAAGUAUGGAUUUGAUGGGUAUAUUAUGACGCAUGAGGUUUUCUCUUAUAUCUUUGAUGCGGUUAUGAUGUUCAUCGCUAUGGUUGUUAUGAACGUUUAUCACCCCGCUGUUAUUAUUGGGGAUGGAAAGAGUGGCUCGAGCAUCUCAGGCUAUGAGGGUAUGCAACUUUAG